ACUAAAUAAAUGGAUUUAAAUUGUAGAGUGAAAUGUGCUUGUGUGAUAAAUUUGAGUACAUUAAGCACUCAUGGAAUUUUAUCAUUGGUGGCUGAAAACCCUGUCUUUAUCAAUGAUUUGCAAUAAGAAGCUUAAAUAUUAUAUUAACAGAUUUUGAACUAAUAAGAUUCAUAAAAUGUUCCUUCAUUACCUGUUUAAAAGAUAUAUUCAUAAUCAGGAGCUUGGUAUUGUUCAUAAAAGAACAAUAUAGUAAUUAGUCUUUUAGUUACAUCCUCUUAUCCAAUGUCAAGUGCUAUGCGAUUGUUAAAAUAAAUUGAAGAAAUAUUAAAAAGGCAAAUUUAAACUGGAAGAUAUGAAUUUCAUACAUUAGAACCAAAUGUGAGAAAUGUAUUUAUUUAUUACAAAUAGUUAUUAACUUAAUAUGACAGAGAUCCUUUUUCAGACGAUAAAAUAGAAAUAACUUGUAAGUCUGUUGAUUCUGUCCAAGGAUUAAUGGAAGAAAACAUAAAGAAGUUUUAAAUGAAUCAAGAAUAAUUACAUGUUAUUCAUCACAAAAGUGCAGAUAUAUCUUAAAUGGCAGUUUAAUUUCAAAAAGCGGCAACAGAUGUAAACACAAAAUAAAAUUGGGCUGUUUAUGUAGUUUUUGGAAUUUUUGGUGCAAUUGUUAUCGGAACAAUAAUUUAUAUUUUCUUAUGA